UUUUAGGUUUUGCACCCGACUAGAUAUGAAAACGAUAGGCACAGAUACGUAAAAUUGUCUUAAUCCAGAAGCUAUGAUAGCACGUUCCGAAAAUGGAAGUAUUGAUGCAGUUGAUAGUUUUGGGAGCAAUGUAAAAAGGUGUGCAUCAACUGACAGUAACGGAUUUCCAGUAAAGGAUGUUGAUGCAAUAAAAUUAUUUGUUGGACAGAUCCCUCGCAAUUUGGAGGAAAAGGAUUUGAGACACAUUUUUGAGUCGUUUGGCAAAAUCUUUGAAUUUACUAUUCUUAAAGACAAAUAUACUGGAAUGCAUAAGGGAUGCGCUUUCCUAACGUUUUGCCAUCGUGAAAGUGCUCUAAAAUGUCAAGCGGCACUUCAUGACCAGAAAGCAUUACCAGGGAUUAAACCUGCAGAUACUGAGAGUCGUAGUGGUUCACCUAAACAGAGCACUGAAGACAGGAAGUUGUUUGUACGGGCUAUGUUUGCUCCAUAUGGACGUAUCGAAGAAGUAACAGUAUUAAGAGGGGCAGACAAUGUUUCAAAGGGAUGCGCCUUUGUAAAGUUCUCACAAGCUGCUGAAGCAGAGCGUGCUAUUCUUGCUCUUCAUGGAUGCCAAACAAUGGGAGCGUCUAGUAGCCUAGUUGUUAAAUUGGCAGAUACUGAGCGAGAACGACAAGUACGUCGAAUGCAGCAAAUGGCUGCACAAUUGGGACUGAUUAAUCCGUUGGCAGGCAAUAGUGCGCAGUUAACAACUGCGCAACAGACCCAACAGUUAAUGGCAGCAAGUAGUCAAGCAGCAGCCGUGGCAGGCAUUCCAGGCUAUCCCGGCACUUUCGCACCAAAUGGAGUUGCAAACACGUUAGGUACUUCCAAUGUACUUGGGCAACUCGGACUCAUCCAAGCUCAAGCUGCACAGGCUCAACUAAUUGCUGCUGCUUCAAUGGCACAUCAACAGUUAAUCAAUCCAGCAGCAGCUAUGGUGGCCGCAGCUUUAGGACCUGGAGUUUUUAUGCCCUCUCUUCAACAAGAUCUCUUCGGCAUCAUUCCUAAUCAACAACAAAGUUCAUCGACUGGUAUAGGAUUAUUGGGUGCUGUAGGAGGUGGUUCAGCAAUACAAGCAGCAAGAAGUGGUGCAACCACUGGAUCCUUGAAUUUAUUGAGGCACUCUAAACAGCUUUCGGCAACAGCAACAUCAUCUUCCUCUGGGACAGGACAGUGCGGCUCCAUAUCAGAAGGAGCAAACGUUGCGGCUUUAAUGCCUGGCAGCUACCCAUCUCAGCAGCCAGCAUCAUUUCUACAACAAACGAAUACCUGUGGGCAACAAAUGCUGCUUGGAAUUGAUCAACCGUUAAGCUCGGGCCUCUAUGGGCAAAUGCUGCAGCAAGCUUUGAUUGCUCAACAACAAGCACUAGCUGCAGCAGGCCUGACCACUAAUCAGCAUCCAAAGGAAGAAUAUUCAAUGGGCCCAGAUGGGUGCAAUCUGUUUAUAUAUCAUCUACCUCAAGAGUUCACAGAUAAUGAACUGAUCCAGAUGUUUGCCCCAUUCGGGCAGUUACUUUCAGCCAAGGUUUUCGUCGAUCGAGCCACUAAUCAAAGCAAAUGUUUUGGCUUUGUUUCAUAUGAUAAUCCAAAUUCUGCUACGACCGCUAUUCAAUCUAUGAAUGGUUUUCAAGUUGGAAUGAAACGUUUGAAGCUGAAGAAACCUAGAGAGAAACCCUACUAAUCUUGAGAAAAUGUGUUAAUGAUACGUCAGCAUUUGUUCCAAAUUAAAGUACUAUAUGUAUUAGAAAUUAUCCAAGAUUUUUAAGUUAAAAUCCUUUAAUGUUUCGCAAACUUAAGUAUGUGAAUUUUGUUUUUCAAUAGUCAUCGUAUUUAUGUUGCUCUAGUCAUUUAUCUCAAAAUAUACACUAUUUUAUUUUAUAUUGGUUCAAAAGAUCAGUUUUUUCUUAUCUCGUGAUUAUAAUAGUCUUUGUAUUUUGUUGUCAAAACUCAUUAUAUUCAAUUUGCGUUUUUCUGUUCAAAUUGUAAUUUUUGUUUCUCCGACUUAGAAUUUUUAUACUUAACUAAAAAAUAUUGCAAUUAUGAUUAUCUAGUUUAUACACUAUCUAUUAAAAAUUUUCCCUUUUUCAGAAAAUUAUCUACAUCAGCAACAAAUUGCCAUCACGUAGAUUUUUUAAAUUAUUUACCUAGCUUUACGAAUAUUAUUAGAUCUCAAACUAUUAUAAUUUUAAAUCUCGUAUAU